UUUAUUUUCCUUUGUUAUAAUUUUUUAUAUUUUUGGUUCUCUCUAUCACUUUCCUCAUCUCAGAAACAAAUGGAAAGAAACACAACACCAUUUAGCAGCAUUACCCUAUAAUAAUAAUUUCUUAAAGAGAAGAAAGAAACCCUAAUCUCAAAUUUCUGAAGAAACAAAAAUUUGGGGAAACCGAAAGAAUCAACCCAGAAGUUUCAAUCGGCAUCGAAAUUCGAAGAAAUCGAGAAAGAGAAAUCUUGGGUACCAUUCAAAAUCUGAAAUUUUUCUCUCUAUCUUUCUGGGCACUAUACAAUCUAAUCUACCCAUUUUUUCCCUUCAAAAUCCGACAUUUUCCCGAGAAAAUGUCCCAGCUGAAGCAAAUGUCGCACGCUGACAACAGUGCUCCAUCGACGCCGGGAAAGUUCAAGAUGGAAAAAGCUUCCUACUUCAACCGUGUACGGUGGCACGCUUCUCCGGCGAAGCUUAUCCUAUGGUCCUUUGUUUUCUCAGCGGCGAUCUUGAUCUUCUUUUUCCGUUCUCCGGCGACUUCUCCUCUUCCGGCGGACCCAUCUCGCCGUUCCCUGAGAAGUCCCUCCAACUGGGGAGGACCGAUUUGGGAGAAACGUGUCCGUUCCUCUGCUCGGGUCCGGUCCAGAAACGGAUUAUCCGUUCUUGUAACCGGAGCCGCCGGUUUCGUCGGGACACACGUCUCCGCGGCGCUUAAGCGCCGUGGAGACGGUGUUCUGGGAAUUGAUAAUUUCAAUGACUAUUAUGACCCUUCUUUGAAACGUGCACGCCAAGCACUAUUGGAAAGAACUGGUAUUUUUAUUGUUGAAGGUGAUAUCAAUGAUGGUGCUUUAUUGAGGAAGCUUUUUGAAGUUGUUCCUUUUACUCAUGUAAUGCAUUUGGCUGCUCAAGCUGGUGUGAGGUAUGCUAUGGAGAAUCCUGGUUCUUAUGUUCAUAGUAACAUUGCUGGUUUUGUUAAUUUGCUUGAAGUUUGUAAGAGUAUUAAUCCUCAACCUUCAAUUGUUUGGGCUAGUUCUAGUUCUGUUUAUGGAUUGAAUACUAAAGUUCCUUUUUCUGAGAGAGAUAGGACUGAUCAACCUGCUAGUUUGUAUGCUGCUACUAAGAAAGCCGGCGAAGAAAUUGCUCAUACUUAUAAUCAUAUAUAUGGUCUUUCUUUAACUGGUUUAAGGUUUUUCACUGUUUAUGGUCCUUGGGGUAGGCCUGAUAUGGCUUACUUUUUUUUCACUAGAGAUAUUUUGAAGGGGAAAACUAUUCCCAUCUUUGAGGCGCCGAAUCACGGCACCGUUGCUAGGGAUUUUACUUAUAUUGAUGAUAUUGUGAGGGGUUGUUUGGGUGCUUUGGAUACUGCUGAGAAGAGUACUGGUAGUGGUGGGAAGAAGAAGGGGCCGGCGCAGUUGAGGGUUUUCAAUUUAGGGAAUACAUCGCCGGUUCCUGUUAGUGAUCUUGUGAGUAUUUUGGAGAGGCUGUUGAAGACUAAGGCGAAGAGGAAUGUGAUGAAGCUGCCGAGGAACGGGGAUGUGCAGUUUACUCAUGCGAAUAUUAGCUACGCACAGACAGAGCUUGGUUAUAAGCCUGUGACGGAUCUGCAGACCGGUUUGAAGAAAUUUGUAAGGUGGUAUCUGAAUUACUAUUCUGGUGGGAAGAAAGCUGUUGAGUGAUGGGAUUCUUAUUUUUUUUUUUUAAUAGGAUCUUUGAAUUCUUGUUCAUUAAUGAUUCUUGUGAUUGUUCGUUCCCUUAGCAUUUUCUCUGUCCAUGUUGCUCGAUCACCAUGUUUCAUACUUGUCAAAGAUGCUUUAUUAGGGAGGAGCCUUGUUUUUCCUUCACUGAGGAAGUUUUGUUGUUGGUGGAGACAUGAGAUUAUCGCGCCGGGCACCUAUUUUCCAGUGUCGAUGAAAACAAGAUACAAUCAUAUUCUCUUUUAUUCUUUCCUUUUUUCUCCUUCUGAAUGUAAUUGUUGUAGUUUUAGAAAAUGUAGCAUUCAUGACUGAUAGAGCAUAUGCUGAUUGGUGGCAGUGUAUAAUUGUUAAGGACAAAUGAGUAAAAUCAUACAAUAGUUUGAUUUCCAGUUUUCGGACUGAUUGAAUCAAUAAAACAUGUAUUUUAUUUGCCUAUGUAGUUUUUCAGCUA